ACAAAAAGAGAGAAAAAAGAUCAAUAAACGGAGGAAAUUUCCUCUUUCUCGAUUUUUAUGAUUUUUUGACUUGUUUAUUUUUUUUUCGCGUCAACAAAAUAAUUUUUUUGCUGCAAUAAUAAAAACGCACGAGAAACAGCAUCAAACUGUCUGCGUUAAGCAUUCGGAGCUUCUCAGCUAACAUGCUGAAUAAUCUGAACGCAUCGAAUAUCGGAGGUCCCAAAGAUUGUGAUUUAUCCAAGUCAGCGGCACUCACGUCUCUGCACACGGCAAAUGCGUUCGGGCAAAUGGUAACGAACAGCGGUGGCGGCAACGCAGGUACUCCCGAUUCCAACGGCACGCCACGCUUACACGUUAGCGGCAACAUUUGCGAUCCGCACAGCAUGCACCAGGAUCAGGGCUCUGACAAAAAUGGUAAACAGAAGAGACAUCGUACACGUUUUACGCCAGCGCAGCUCAACGAGCUCGAACGGUGCUUCUCGAAGACGCAUUAUCCGGAUAUUUUUAUGCGGGAGGAGAUUGCGAUGCGCAUCGGACUGACAGAGUCGAGAGUUCAGGUUUGGUUUCAAAAUCGUCGUGCCAAAUGGAAAAAACGCAAAAAGACCACAAAUGUCUUCAGAGCACCCGGUUCCCUUCUUCCAUCGCAUGGCUUGCCGCCAUUCGGUGCCAACAUUACGAAUAUAGCAAUGAGUGAAGGCUUGUGUGGUACAUCGAUGUUUGCCGGAGACCGAUGGGGCGUAAAUCCAAUGACUGCUGGUUUUGGCCAACUAAAUCAAACAGCGUCUCUUUCCUCCACGCUAAACAGUAGUUUGAAUUCUAGUAUAAAUAUUUCGUCGGCAAUGGGUGCUGGUGGCUAUCAACAUUAUGGACUGAAUGCUUUGGGUGACUCAAUGAUGUACCAACAUUCGCUGAAUUCGGGCGUCGGAUCUGGCGGUUCGCCAUCGUCGUCGUCGCCCAACAACAUGAAUACCGUUUGCCCUUCAUCGUCCACACCACCCACGUCAUCGACGCAAGCUGGAGGCGCGCAGCAGCAGCAACAACAGCAAAAUCAGGCGCCACAAAACGAACAACAACAACAGCAACAGCAGCAACAGCAACCGAACAACAAUGGUGAUACACCUGACGACGAUAUCUGGCGCGGGCACAGUAUAGCGGCACUAAGACGUCGCGCAUCGGAAUUAAAUGCCACAUCGACUGCGAUACCGUCGUACUUGCAUGCCCACAAUUACGAGCAUCAUAAUUCGGUGUAUUAGCGUCUUUUCCGUCGUCCUCGUGUUUCUGCAUCAA